GAAUAGAAGGCAACAAUUCCAACUAAAGAAAAGCGAAAUCCCGCUUAGGCCCUUAAAAUUACCAACAAUCAGCAUUUAUCCAAUGGUCGCCAUCGCCACCUCCUUCUCCGCCGCCGCCGCCGUCGCCGUCGCCCGCCGGAGCUCCCCGGCUCACCUCCAGCUCGUCGCUCGCCGCCGCCUCCCGUUCUGCACAGCCGCCUCCUCAUCCACCGUGCCACCUGCCGCUGCGGCGGGCUUUGGGUGGGCCGACGCCCUCCGAGUUGCCAGCGAAUUCGGGGUCGGCGAUGAGUCCGACCUUUCGGGAUACUUCCAGAAGGUCGACAUCUGCAACCGAGGAAUGGGUAACAAGGGGGAGUUCGUGGAGUUCAUGGUGGAGGAUCAAGUGGUGGGAUACAUCCACAAGGGGUUUACUGAACACCUGAGGGACUUCCAUGAUGUUUUUACCAUUGUCUCGGGCAGCAAUGGCAAGAACAGUGUGGAGCAUGUGACUCUCCACUCAUCGCUCAGGACUCCAGAAGAUCGAACAAUCGCCAUCGGAGAUGUCAUAAAAGGCCUAGGGGAACUCAUUCCUGGUAUACGAAAUGAGCUCUAUCCAGUAACCUCAUCUUACGGCAUGCCUGUGUACUUCUCUCUGGAACGUGCUGCUGCUCCCUACUUUGGUAUAAAGGCUUAUGGUGUUCAUAUGAAUGGGUACAUCGAGAAGCAUGGUGAAAAGUCUCUUUGGAUUGGUAAGAGAAGUGAUGUGAAGCAAACUUACCCUGGGAUGCUAGAUCAUCUUGUUGCUGGUGGCCUGCCUUACGGAAUCUCCUGUAAAGAGAAUAUCAUCAAGGAAUGUGAAGAGGAAGCAGGAAUACCAAGAUCCAUGUCAACCAACGCUACUUCUGUUGGAGCCAUUUCUUACAUGGAUAUCAAUGGGUUUAGAUACAAAAGGGAUGUUCUGUUCUGCUAUGACCUUAGACUUCCUGUAGAUUUCGUUCCUAACAAUGAAGAUGGAGAAGUUGAUAGCUUCAGACUAAUCCCGGUACCACAUGCUGCAAACAUUAUACGGAGGACAGAUUUUUUCAAGCCAAACUGCAACCUUGUGAUCAUUGACUUCCUCUUCCGUCAUGGGUACAUAAACCCAGACUGUAAUGGGUACCUGAAGCUGCUGACAAGCUUGAGGAGUGGUGAUUGUUCCUAGGGCUUGCAGUUCGCUGUUCAAACAGAAGAAUCAGAUUACCAGCAUUAAUCGUUGAUUUUUUGGAGUAAGCUAGAUGGCUGUCCAUCAAAAUCAGAAUAUUAACUUUAAAGUACAAACUGUACAUGAUUUUUUUUCUUUCUCUAAAUGCAUUUCUGUUCGCACAUUAUCUUUGACUCUUCAGUGAGUUUAGGGAGGUAAGGAAGUUCAGGAGGAAAGGGGGGCAUAAUAAAAGGAACAUUAGUAUACAUGGUGCUGAACAUGAUGGCCUGCUUAUUUCUGUAGUCUUUUA